GAAGGAAGGGAUGAAGGAAGGAAGAUUAAUUGAUCAACGAUGGGAAACAGCUUGAGAUGCUGCUUGGCGUGUGUUCUUCCAUUUGGAGCUCUAGAUGUGAUCCGGAUCGUCCAUUUAAACGGGCAUGUAGAAGAGAUCACCCGUCCGAUCUCUGCUGGUGAGGUUCUCAAAGAAAACCCCAACCAUGUCCUUAGCAAACCAUCCUCUCAGGGUGGAGUUGUUCGAAGAAUUCUCAUUCUCUCCCCUGAAUCCGAUCUCAAGAGAGGUAAUAUCUACUUCUUGAUUCCCUCUUCUUCUCUCCCUGCUGACAAGAAGAAGAAGAAGAACAGAACCCACCACCUCUCCAAUCACUCUUCCUCCUCUUCCUCUUCCACGAAAAUCAAGAAGACGAUAAAACCCAUCACCACCGCCACCACAACCACAACCACUAAUAGCGGAUGUGGGCCCAAAGAUUGCGACCGAUACCUCACUGAAAUCCUCUCAGAGAAGAAAUCUUCCCGUCGAGAUCGCCGCAGUGGCCGAGUUUCAGUCUGGCGGCCUCACCUCGAGAGCAUCUCUGAAGACUUGUAG